AUGUUGGAAGGACUCCAUGGAAACGGUGUGCUUGCCUGAUAGAAAAUAGCAUACAUAGGUAGCUAGCUAACGUUAAAUCAGGGUUUGUAACAAGGCGGGUGUACACGAACUUAUUGUAUCCUUGCGAAAAUGAGCCGUACACCUGAUGCGAGAGAAAGGGAUAACCAGACAAGAAGGAUCCAGGAGAAGAUCACCAAUGUGGAGAAACAUUUUGGAGACAUGUGCCAACUCUUUGCUGCCUAUGUCCGUAAGACGGCCAGGGUAAGAGACAAGGCUGACCUUCUGGUUCGGGAAAUUGGCUUGUAUGCAGACAUCGAAACACCAAGUCUCAAGAGGGGGAUGAAGCAGUAUGCCGACCAUCUGGCCAAGAUUCAAGAUUAUCGCCAUGCUCAGGUGCAAAGACUUGAAUCCAAAGUCAUAGAGCCAUUAAAAAGCUAUGGCUCUGUAGUGAAACAGAAAAGGGAGGAUCUGAAGGCAACUCAGAGUGCCAGAGACAGAGAAGCCAAACAGAUGGCUCAGCUCGAGAGGACCAGACAGAGAAACCCCUCAGACAGGCAGAUCAUUUCUCAGGCUGAAAGUGAACUCCAGAGAGCCACCAUGGAUGCCACACGCACCACCAAGCAGCUGGAGGAGACUAUAGAUGAGUUUGAGAGGCAGAAGAUCCAAGACAUCAAGAAAAUCUUUUGUGAGUUUGUGACAGUGGAGAUGUCAUUCCAUGCCAAGGCUUUGGAGGUGUACACCCUGGCCUACCAAAGCAUUCAAAGUGUGGAUGAGGAAGAGGACCUGGAGGUGUUCAGGACCUCACUGCACCCACCUGACUACCAGUCACGCUUGGACAUAGUGCGAGCUAAUUCCAAAACUUCCCUUGAUCGGACCGGGUCCUUCCUGAGCUCAUCAGGGACCUUACAGCAACAAAGAGCUGGUAGUCAUCAGACAAGAAAAGAAGAGGAGGAGGAGGAUGACGAUGAAUCUGAAGAGGAUGUCGAUGAGGAUGAAGAGGACACAGAUGAUGAAAAUUAAACUCAGAUUCUCUGGGUUUGAUUUUUAUGACGACAAAAGGGUUAAAAGGUGAUUCAUAAAAUAAAAGCUAUUCAACCAUCUGGUCAGUGUUGUACUGGUACUGUUGUAGUCCUGUGAUGCUUUGUAAGAGUUCUGUAUCCCUGUUACAAUUUGUAAUCCAGGCAAGUCUUGUCUUAGCUCGAUUUUUCUAUAAACACGAUAAAAUGUGCAUUACUGGUCACUUGCAUUU